GGCGGGAAGUAUUUAGAUCUGAUUAGAUCUUCUCUAUUUUAUCUUCAUCACCUACAUACCUACCCCUCCAUCUCUGCUUCACCUAACCCUCCAUUCCCGCUCCAUUGGGUGUCUAUUCGGCCUUGACAUUAUGGCGAAGCUAAUACCCGCGGAUGCGGUGUCGGGAGAUCACACACCCGAGUCUCCGGACACGAAGGAAGUUGUCUCUCUCUCUGAUGCGGAGAGUCCACGCCCGGCGUCUACCCGUGGCCAGGUGCCAUUGAGCUUUAAGAUUAUUUCGGUUGCUCUCGUAGCUGGAAUUGGCUUUGGGUCAAGUUGGAGUAGUGGAGUGACUGGAGCUAUGAAGUCGACAUUAAAAAAGGAACUCAAAAUCAACAACACUCAAUUCGCACUUCUGGAAUCGAGUGAGGAUUUCAUAAAAGUACUUCUCAUUCUCAUAUCUGGUAUGAUCACGGAUCGGAUUGGUGGUGCAAGCGCAAUCCUGUACGGCAAUGUCAUCUACACUAUCGGGUCAAUCUUUGUUGCGGCAGCCACUACCGUCCGGAACUAUCCACUCAUGAUAUUCGGGAGAGUGGUUCUAGCAUUUGGUGAUGUUGCUACCCAGACUGCACAGUACAAGAUCUUUUCCAGCUGGUUCCCUCCGAACAAUGGAUUUGCCAGUACGCUUGGGUUUGAAUUGGCUAUUGGGAAGAUUGGAGGGUUUGUUGGAAAGUCGACAGCGAACAUCAUCUCGAAGAAUCUUGGUGAUUUCUCAUGGGUUUUCUGGAUCGCUUUAUUCAUGAACAUCUUCACGAAUCUCAUCACCUUAGCAUUCUUCUUCUUCACAAAAUACGCCAACAAGAAAUUUGCCAACAUCAGAGACCCAUCCACCGGCGAAGAACUGACAGAGAAGAACAAGAAGUUCGAGGUCAAGAAAGUCCUAGAGAUGCCAUGGGUUUUCUGGGCCGUCCUCGCAUUUUCGCUGCUGGAGACGAGUACAGCGCUUGUUUUCACGCAGAAUGCCACCGAACUCGCCGAACAUCGCUUCAAUACCGACAGCAUUACUGCUGGAUGGUACACUUCCGUCUUACAAUAUGCUGGUUUCUUCGUCGUGCCUCUAAUUGGGAUAUUUAUUGAUCUUUUCGGAAAUCGGAUCUCACUCAUGGCCUUCUGUGGAAUCGGAGUCUUCGUUUCAAUGGCCCUGGUAAACUGGGCAAACUCCACAAAGGGGACGGCAGCAGCCUUCGGAAUCUACGCAUUUGCCUAUUCAUUCGGCCCUACUGUGAUCAUCGACAGCAUCCGCACCUCGAUGUGGCACCAGGAAGUCUUUGGAUCAGCGUACUCCAUGAAAAUCAUGAUGAAUAAUUCAAUGAACAUCAUCGUCAACCUUAUCACCGGCCGUAUCCAAGAUGCAGAUAACGACAGUUACGACAGAGUCGUCAUCGUUUAUGUGGCCCUUGCGGCGGGAUCUGUAGUCGUCUCCAUCGGCUUGAUUGUUCUGUCUUCGAUAUCUAUUGAUCUCAGACGUCUGCAAUGGACCCGGAAGCAGAGACUGAGGAAUGGACAUCUGAUUAUUGAGAGGAAGGAGAGGUUCCUUGGAGAAAAUGGGGCGAAGAACAGGAAAAUCAGUUUGUGUUGUUUUGGAGCGUUGUGUGCUCUGUCACUUGGGAGUUGGGUUGCUUAUAUUUGGGGCGCGGCGACUGGGAAUAAUUAUUAAUGACAGGCAUAAAGUAGGGGGCGUAGUAACCGGGCACUGGAUGCUCGAGAUCUAUACGUCAUCUACAUUAUCACGGCCUUAUUUAUUUAAUAAACAAAUCUAAAA